UGUACUUCCUCCAAGACAUGUAAAGCCAUCAAACUCCUCUUUUUCAACUGAAGCUCAUGCUGUGUGUAAAUGACUCUUAUUGACGACUGUGAAGUUUGCAAAUCCUUCUUCCUCAACAAAUGCGAGGUUCAUGGACCACCCCUCUUCAUCCCCGAUACUCCUGUUCCCAUGGGAGUCCCUGACCGAGCCAGACAAACACUUCCUCCUGGGCUAGAAAUCCAGAAGUCCAAUAUUCCUGAUGCAGGCCUGGGAGUGUUUAAUAAGGGGGAGACUGUUCCAGUAGGUGCACACUUCGGCCCCUGCCAGGGAGAGCUGGUGAACCGAGAGGAAGCCAAGAACAGUGGAGACUCCUCGGUUGUAUACAGGAGCAUGCAGUGUGAAGAAUACAUCGAUGCCAAAAGAGACGCGCAUGUGAAUUGGAUGAGGUAUGUGAAUUGUGCCCAUAAUGAAGAAGAACAGAAUCUUGUGGCAUUUGAGUAUCAAGGGAGAAUUCUGUAUCGUUGCUGUCGAUCCAUUAACCCAGGACAGGAGCUCUUGGUGUGGUAUGAAGAGGAGUACACCAAAGAACUCAGUCCUGCACCUACAGGACCAACCAGACAGCAAGAAGUAAAGAACACUCUGCUGCAAGACUUGUCUUGCUCCACAUGCCCUCGUUCCGAUGCAUCUCAAAUUUACCUCGACAAGCAUAUCCAGAGAUGCCACUAUAAAGAGUACGUGAGACUGCGAGAAUCAGGAGAGAUUAAAUAUAAGCUUCAGAUCCCCUCCAAAUGCUCCAGUCGUCAACCAACAUCAACUGAUAUUAUCCAUUCUGAUACUUCCCAUAAUGAUAUGCAGAAGGAAAUUCACCACAGCUCAGAUUGUGGAAAGAGUUUUAGUUAUCAGAAUGCACUCAAGACACACCAGCGCAUUCACACAGGAGGAGAUCCACAUCACUGCUCACAGCGUGGUAGGAAUUUUACUUACCAGAGUGCUCUCAAAACACAACAGCGUAUUCACACAGGAGAGAAGCCGUAUCACUGCUCACAGUGUGGGAAGAGUUUUACUCGUCAGAGUGAUCUCCAACGACACCAGCGCAUUCACACAGGAGAGAAGCCGUAUAACUGCUCACAGUGUGGGAAGAGUUUUACUCGUCAGAGUCGUCUCCAAAUACACCAGCGCAUUCACACAGGAGAGAAGCCGUAUCACUGCUCACAGUGUGGGAAGAGUUUUACUGAACAGAGUGAUCUCCAACGACACCAGCGCAUUCACACAGGAGAGAAGCCGUAUAACUGCUCACAGUGUGGGAAGAGUUUUACUGAAUGGAGUCAUCUCCAGCGACACCAGCGCAUUCACACAGGAGAGAAGCCGUAUCCCUGCUCACAGUGUGGGAAGAGUUUUACUGAAUGGAGUCAUCUCCAACGACACCAGCGCAUUCACACAGGAGAGAAGCCGUAUCACUGCUCACAGUGUGGGAAGAGUUUUACUGAAGGGAGUCAUCUCCAAAUACACCAGCGCAUUCACACAGGAGAGAAGCCAUAUAACUGCUCACAGUGUGGGAAGAGUUUUACUCAUCAGAGUCGUCUCCAAAUACACCAGCGCAUUCACACAGGAGAGAAGCCGUAUCACUGCUCACAGUGUGGGAAGAGUUUUACUGAACAGAGUGAUCUCCAACGACACCAGCGCAUUCACACAGGAGAGAAGCCGUAUCGCUGCUCACAGUGUGGGAAGAGUUUUACUGAAGGGAGUCAUCUCCAAAUACACCAGCGCAUUCACACAGGAGAGAAGCCGUAUAACUGCUCACAGUGUGGGAAGAGUUUUACUCAGCAGAGUGCUCUCCAACGACACCAGCGCAUUCACACAGGAGAGAAGCCGUUUCACUGCUCACAGUGUGGGAAGAGUUUUACUCGUCAGAGUCAUCUCCAACGACACAAGCGCAUUCACACAGGAGAGAAGCCGUUUCACUGCUCACAGUGUGGGAAGAGUUUUACUCGUCAGAGUCAUCUCCAACGACACCAGCGCAUUCACACAGGAGAGAAGCCGUAUCACUGCUCACAGUGUGGGAAGAGUUUUACUCGUCAGAGUCAUCUCCAGCAACACCAGCGCAUUCACAGAGGAGAGAAGCCGUUUCACUGCUCACAGUGUAGGAAGAGUUUUACUCAUCAGAGUCAUCUCCAAAUACACCAGCGCAUUCACACAGGAGAGAAGCCGUAUCACUGUUCACAGUGUGGGAAGAGUUUUACUCGUCAGAGUACUCUCCAAACACACCAGCACAUUCACACAAGAGAGAAGCCGUAUCAUUGCUCAUAGUGGGGGAAGAGUUUUACUCAGUAGAGUAAUUUCUAAACACACCAGCGCAUUCACACAAGAGAGAAGCCAUAUCACUGCUCAUAGUGUGGAAAGAUGUUUGCUUGUUUAGUUACAUUUAAGACCUUCAGGUGCACUAACUCAGAGACAUUGCAUGAUUUAAAGUUGUCAAAUUAAAUAUGGUUAUUACAGUUUUGACUGAAAAUGACCUGUACUUUGAACUUUAUUGUUCAUGUUACAUUGUUCAACAAUUUUUCAGAAGUUGUCUGCUUCAGAGAUGAAGUUGGCUGUUAUGAAAUUUGGUGUGUUGAAUUAGAAGUGACAGUUAAUCAGCUGAUUGGCUAUGGCUUCCAAGAUAUUUAAGAUUUUAAAUUUUAUACUUAUGUACAUUGUGUAGAUCGUAAUGUUUUAAAUAUAAAUUGUAAAACUAGGUCUCUUCAUGUGUUUAUGGUUGGUUUACAUGAUAUUUCACCUGUUCUCUUUAUGUAACACUAGA